ACGGGACAGCCGGCCAAGAAACAGUUUCUACCUGGCAAGGAAAUAAAAGGUUGGACCUUUAACCAAUUCAAAGGCUCAUAGACAUUGAAAGACUUCGACCACUCGUGCAAAAGCUCUCGACAACCUUUAAGUACGACGUCCAGCUUCCCCGGUAGUUUUAGCUCCUGGGGAAUCAAGCUAGCAUGUUGCUUCGUCGACUAUCCACAAAGUUUGCUGUUUUGGGAAGACCCUUUUGCAGUAACACCAGAAAUGAUAUAGCCACAACCAUUGCCGAACUUAAUAAGGAAAUGGAAGUUGUUUUCGGUGAGCCACCAUCAAAUGGAUUCGGCGCUUCUGAAGCGAAUGGUGUUGGGACACAGGAAACCCAAUCUAUGUCUCAAGGAUCUGAAGAACGUGCAGGCAGCUUGACGCACGUCGGCAAUACAGGAGAUGCUCAAAUGGUUGAUGUUUCUCCCAAAGUAAUUACCAACCGAACUGCCACUGCCAGCUGCAAAGUCAUGCUGGGGAAGACAGUGUUCAAUUUGGUGUCCGCCAACCAGAUGGCGAAGGGUGAUGUCCUGAGCGUGGCCAAGAUCGCAGGAAUAAGUGGGGCGAAGCAUACGAGCAGCCUCAUUCCGUUGUGCCACAACAUCCCGCUGACUCAUGUUCGCGUUGAUCUGAAGCUGAACCCUGACGACUUUAGUGUGGAAAUAGAAGGGGAGGCCGCGUGUUCCGAGAGAACCGGGGUCGAAAUGGAAGCGAUGACGGCUGUGACCAUUGCUGGUCUUACAGUAUAUGAUAUGUGCAAGGCCGGUUCGAAGGAUAUCCAGAUUUCAAACGUACGACUUGAGCAUAAAACUGGUGGGAAGAGCGGGGAUUGGUUUAGAGGAAAGUGAUGGUAUUAAGAAGGAGUUUAUCAGAUAUUUCCGGCUAAGGCUUCAUUUUGACGCUCAUAUAAUGAACAUUGGUAAGAUUGCCACCGAUUCUCUGUUUCAUCCAACCUUCUUUUGUAUCAUAAUCUCGUGGACUGCGAGGAUGGAAUGAAUCAUCAAAAAAGCGAGGAGCUGCAUAGUGGCCUCAUGCUUCUUAUGUUUGAAGGGAAGGCAACUCUGUUUUAUCCACUCAUAGCACAUUAUAGCUCAGGAUCAAGUUUUUGGGUUGUUGGCAAUUCAGUCAAUUUGUUUCUUUAGAUACUAAUCCUCCGAUAAAGCAAGGGACCAGAUUAACUCCAGUUUGAGCACAAAGACCUCCUUUUUUUGGCUAGAAAUUCCAAAUCUUUUGUAAAAACGUUUGCGUAAAUUACAUUUCUCGACUUAACACUAAUUUUUAGGUGAAUCUCUGAUUGUGCGACGAUU